AUGGCGGAUCAAGUCAACAGACCGCAUCGCGCGCCCAAAGAGAAGAAAAAAAGGGCACCUGGAGAGAAGAACGUCAAAGCAUUCGCUUACGCAAACCCCGGCCGCCUCAACAAGCAAGCCGUUAGAGCUCAAGAUGUCAAAGAAAAGCGGUUACAUGUCCCCCUCGUCGAUCGACUACCCGAAGAGGCGCCUCCCAUCGUUGUCGCUGUCGUCGGUCCCCCCGGCGUGGGCAAAACGACGCUCAUCAAGUCUCUGAUCAAGCGAUACACCAAGCAGACGCUCUCGCACCCUACCGGGCCCCUCACGGUGGUGACCUCGAAGCGCAGACGCCUUACCUUCCUCGAAUGCCCGUCCGACUCCCUGGCCGCUUCGAUAGAUGUGGCAAAGAUAGCCGAUAUUGUGCUACUGAUGAUCGAUGGCAACUAUGGCUUCGAGAUGGAGACGAUGGAAUUUUUGAAUGCGCUUAGCGCCAGUGGCAUGCCGGGGAAUGUAUUUGGGAUUCUUACACAUCUCGACUUGUUCAAAAAGCAAAGCGCAUUGCGCGAGGCAAAGAAGAGGCUCAAACAUCGGUUCUGGGCCGAGCUCUACCAAGGCGCAAAGCUGUUCUACUUGAGUGGUGUGAUCAAUGGGAGAUAUCCGGACAGGGAAGUACAUAACCUUAGCAGAUUCUUGAGUGUGAUGAAGAAUCCGAGGCCGUUGGUUUGGCGCAAUUCGCACCCAUAUUGUCUGGCAGACCGCUUUCUCGACGUAACACCUCCCACACAAAUGGAGGAGAACGCAAAAUGUGAUCGGGAGAUCGCGCUGUACGGAUAUCUACGAGGGACCAACCUCCCAGCAAACAAGGCCAGGGUACACGUUCCUGGGGUUGGAGAUCUCACCGUGAAGGAAAUAGAAGCAUUACCAGAUCCGUGCCCAACACCUCAUAUGGAUCAAGCCAUCGCUAAAGUAACAGGCAAAUCUGGCAGGCGAAGGCUAGGGGAGAAGCAAAAGUUACUGUUUGCGCCAAUGUCAGAUGUAGGGGGAGUUCUAGUCGACAAAGAUGCAGUCUACAUCGAUGUGAAAACUUCAACCUUUAAUCGUGAUGCUGAGGAUGUCGAAGAUCGUGGCCUAGGUGAACAGCUGAUGCUAGGGCUCCAAGGCGAACGAAAACUGCUUGGUGAAGCAGGAUCUGGUGUCCGUCUAUUUCAAGGUGGUGGUGAGCUUGCUUCAGCCGACGACGACAAGAUUGAGAGUCAUGUUGGACGAAGUGGCCAGAGGCAGGCCAGAUUCAUCGAAAGGGAAGCUGGAGACGAUGAUGAGGAUGAAGGAUUUGAAAGCGGCGGAAGCGGCGGAAGCUCUGAUGCUGAAGAUGAGGACGACGGGGAUAACGUGCUUGAGACACAUGGCCAACCAGGAUUCCUGACCAAGAAUGACCGAGACACUGAUGGAAAGAAUGGGGACAUUGCUUUUGCGGACAGCGAUUCGGACAUUGGUUCUGUGUCUUCCAUCGAGGACCAAGAGCUAGAGGAUAACUCUGACGAAGAGAGUGAUGGUGAGGACGAUGGCGCUCUACGAUGGAAGGAAAACAUGGCCGAGAAUGCCAAAAAGCUACACACCAUCAAGAUCGCCUAUCGAGCGGUUGAUCUGUCAAGGAUGAUGUAUGAUGAAUCACUUUCCCCUGCCGAUGUUGUUCGUCAGUGGAGCGGACAAGCGGUGCCGGACGAAGAAGAUGAUGGGGGUGGAUCGGAUGAAGGAGACGGCGAGUUCGAAGAUCUCGAAGCUGGCGACGCCAUCAACGGAAACGCACCACCAUCAGACGAGCUCGAUCUUGAUGCAGAGCGGGCCCGGAAUGCGAAACGAAAAGAAGAAUUGAAACUUCGCUUCGAGGAAGAGGAUCGUGAAGGCUUUGCAAACAUCAAGAACAAAACGGGUGGCCCUGAGGAGCAGUUCGGUGAAGACGAGUGGUAUGAUGCGCAGAAAGCUGCCCUGAAGAAACAGUCGGACAUCAAUCGUGCAGAGCUUGACACAUUGGAUCCAGUGGCUCGAGCACGAGCAGAGGGAUUCAAAGCGGGCAUAUAUGCCCGAAUCGUCCUCGAUCAGGUACCAUAUGAGUUCGCUCGAUCUUUCGACUCCCGCAAUCCCAUCAUUAUCGGCGGUCUUGCGCCAACCGAAGAGCGAUUUGGCUUCGUCCAGGUGCGAAUCAAGCGUCACCGAUGGCACAAGAAGAUCCUGAAAACGAACGACCCACUAAUCUUCUCGCUGGGAUGGCGUCGAUUCCAGACUCUGCCCAUCUACAGCAUAUCCGACUCCCGCACCCGCAACCGGAUGCUCAAAUACACGCCCGAACACAUGCACUGCUUCGGCACCUUCUACGGGCCCCUCGUGGCGCCCAACACGGGUUUCUGCUGCGUGCAGUCGUUCAGCAACUCGAACCCGGGCUUCCGCAUCGCGGCCACGGGGGUGGUGCUCAACGUCGACGAGGCCAGCGAGAUCGUCAAGAAGCUCAAGCUGACCGGCCACCCGUACAAGAUCUUCCGCAACACCGCCUUCAUCCGCGACAUGUUCAGCUCGGCCAUCGAGAUCGCCAAGUUCGAGGGGGCAUCCAUCCGCACCGUGUCUGGGUUCGAAGCGCGUGAUGUGUCCCAUGCGGAACUGGUUCAGGAAGCGCGGGUCCUCGGACCAGAAGAGGCGGAUGUCCGGGAUGCCGAAGAGGAUCAUGGCCAGUCUCUCGAUGCCGAUGCCCCAUGCCCAGCCGAUGCGGUCGCCGACGCCGGCGUCGUUUCGAAACAACCACGAAUUGUACCCCUGUCGAGUCCAUCUUCAGAAGCAAUGGCAGCUGUGCUGUUCCAUCGCAGAGGUGUGACAGGAGAGAAGGACUUGCGCGAUGCGCGGACUGCUCGGCCAGUGAAGAGAAGCCUCAUUGGGGACAGGGAGACGGGGAGACAGCUUCUUGCAGGCCACCGUUGGCUUGUUGUCAAGGUCCGCUUACAAACGCGUUCUCCCUCCGAUCCCAGAACCAUGCUUAGCACUUUCGUCCACGUCUUUCGGAAGCAGGGCUUCUUUGGUCUUUACAACGGUCUUUCUGCCGCUCUUCUUCGCCAACUCACCUACUCCACCGUCCGCUUUGGCGUCUACGAAGAUCUAAAAGCACGCUUUCGUGCUGCUCCAUCACCCCCGAAUCCCCGAGGCCAGGCCCCGCUUCCGCAGCUCCUCCUGAUGUCGGGGACCGCCGGCUUCCUCGGUGGCAUUGCUGGGAACCCCGGAGAUGUUUUGAACGUGCGUAUGCAAUCUGACUUCGCAAAGCCGCCCGAGAAGAGGUGGUACUACAAAAAUGCAUUGGAUGGCCUAAUACGUAUGAUCCGAGAGGAAGGGCCGGCAUCUAUCACCCGCGGCAUCUGGCCCAACAGUGCUCGAGCUCUUCUCAUGACCUCUUCUCAACUUGCUUCCUACGACACGUUCAAGCAGACCAUGACUCAGCGCUUCGCUAUGCCGGAUAACGUCGGUACCCACUUCAUCUCCUCGCUCGCUGCUGGGUUCGUGGCAACCACGAUAUGCUCACCCGUUGAUGUGGUCAAGACACGCAUCAUGUCAGCCGGUGGGAAGAUCGGGAUCUUGUCGCUAUUGAAGGAGACAACCAGGCGGGAAGGUUUGAUAUGGAUGUUCAGGGGUUGGGUGCCAAGCUUUGUCAGGUUGGGGCCACAGACGAUUGCGACCAUGAUUUUCUUCGAACAGCACAAAAAGGUCUAUCGGAAGUUGAAGGGAGAUCCAAGCGAUGCGUGA